AUGCCUACAAUAAGGGACAAGAUCCAAAACUUGAAAAAUGGCGAAGUAUUCUUAUCAUUGGAAUUUUUCCCACCAAAAACCGAAUCUGGUAUUCGUAACUUGUUGGCUCGUAUGGAGCGUAUGUCAGCUUUGAAUCCAUUAUUUGUCACAAUCACUUGGGGUGCUGGUGGCUCAACAUCUGAGAAAACCUUAUCAUUGGUUCAAACAUGUCAAAAAGAAUUGGACUUUACAACAUGUAUGCAUUUAACUUGUACAAAUACUGAUAAGUCAAUCAUUGAUAAUGCAUUGGCAAAAGCUAAACAAGCAGGUAUCAGAAAUAUAUUAGCUCUUAGGGGUGAUCCUCCAAGAGGUGAAGAAUAUUUCGUUCCAAAUGCUGCUGAUUUCCAAUAUGCAGUUGAUUUAGUGAAAUAUAUUAAACAACAAUAUGGUGAUUAUUUCAGUGUUGGUGUUGCUGCAUAUCCAGAAGGUCAUUGUGAAGGUGCUGAUAACUCUGAACAAGAUGUUAAUAAAGAUUUACCAUACCUAAAGGAAAAAGUUGAUGCAGGUGCUGAUUUCAUUAUUACUCAAUUAUUUUAUGAUGUUGAGAAAUUUUUGGAAUUCGAAAGUUUAGUUAGAACAAAUAUUAGUCAAGAUAUCCCAAUUUUGCCCGGUCUAAUGCCUAUAAACACUUAUCAAUUAUUUCAUAGAGCUGCCAAAUUAUCACAUGCUUCAAUUCCAACACAAAUCUUGAAUAGAUUCCCAGAAAAUAUUCAAAAUGAUGAUGAUAAAGUUAAAUCUGUUGGUGUUGAGAUUUUACGUGAUAUGAUUCAUGAGAUUUAUUCAAGAACAAAUGGAAGGAUUAAAGGUUUCCAUUUUUAUACAUUGAAUUUAGAGAAAUCAAUUGCUCAAAUUGUUGAGAAAUCAAGUUUAUUAAAUAGAGUUUUAGAGUAUAAUAAAGAUGAUGAAGAUGCAGUGAUGAGUGAUGAUGAAGAAAUACCAGUCAUUACCAAAAAGGAAAAAUCAAGAAGAAGUUCAAGUAUAAAUACUUCAAAUAAAGUUCUUGUUGAUAAGAUUAGAAAAGAUUCUCAAGAUUUUGAAGAUGUUAACAAUUUUAAAUUUGUUUCACCAAGUAAAAAAGAUAUUGUGGCAAUUUCAUCAGGUGAAGGUACUUUAGGUCGUGAUGCUACAUGGGAUGAUUUCCCAAAUGGUAGAUUUGGUGAUUCUAGAUCUCCAGCUUAUGGUGAAAUUGAUGGUUAUGGUCCAUCUUUAAAGAUUGCUACUAAGAGAGCUUAUGAAUUAUGGGGUUAUCCAGUUGAUGUCAAAGAUAUUUCUAAAGUAUUUAUCAAUUAUUUAGAAGGUACAAUUGAUGCAUUACCAUGGUCUGAAUUAGGAUUGAGUCCGGAAACUGCCAUUAUUCAAGAAGAGUUGAUUCAAUUAAACGAACGUGGGUUUUUAUCAUUAGCUUCACAACCUGCCACUGAUGGUGCUAAAAGCGAGGAUAAAAUAUUUGGAUGGGGACCAAAAGGUGGAUAUGUUUAUCAAAAGGCAUUUGUUGAAUUAUUUGUUAGUAAAGAAGAUUGGGAACAAAAAUUGAAACCAAAAGUUGAAUCAAAUUCUAAAAUUAGUUAUUAUAUUGGUGAUUCAAAAGGUUUUUUCAAAAGUUCUUUACCAAAAGGUUCAUCAAAUGCAGUGACUUGGGGUGUUUUCCCAGAUCGUGAAAUUUUGCAAACAACAAUCAUUGAAGAAGAAUCUUUUAAAGCAUGGAGAGAUGAAGCUUUUAGUAUUUGGUUAGAAUGGGCCAAGUUGUAUAAAAAAAACACUGCAACUUCCAAAUUGAUUCAUUCCAUCCAUGAUACUUAUUAUUUGGUUUCAUUUGUUUAUCAUGAUUAUCGUAAUGAAGCUGGAUUAUGGGAAUUGUUGUUGAGUUGA